AUGAUUAGUAUUGAUAUCGCAGCCCCAACAUACACAUUACACCACGAACUCUCCAGUGCCACUGUUCUUGGCUUACGGCAGUUUCUUCCGCUUGCCCCCCACCCGUCGCCGAUCUUUUCACCCGUGGAGGAUACGCCCCAAACUAUCAUGGACCCCCUUGGGUUCUCUAGCGGAACAAUUGAUCCCAGAAAGGUUUUCGUGAUGACACCGCCAGCCAGUUUGAAGCUCCCCUAUGAUUUUUCGCAGGCGCCUCGGAAAAUACAUAUACCGCGAGCCAAUGGCUUACACAGCCCGGUGAUAUCGCCGACGUUCGUCAAUCGCCUUGGGUCUAACGACCCAGGAGCAUAUACCGACUACUGUAAUUUGACCGAAGGCCGUAUGGCGAAUUUUGGCGACUCAGGAAAUGAACUGCCCGAAGCAUACGACUCGAGAUCCUCGUUUGAUUCUGCUUCGUCGCUGUUCUGGGGAAUAGACUCUCCCACCCCCUCGAUUUACGGGGAAACGAGCGAGACCUGUGCUAGUCCUUCGACUAUGCUGUUCGAAUUCUGCGAGAGAACGCUUGAGUCUUCGCUUACAAACAACAUGAACUCUAAGGAGUUUCUGCUGAGAGGCGAUAUGGGAACUGACGGAGCGGGGCUUGACAAGGAUGUCGUCGAUUCGCUGGACGAACUGGCGACCGAUGGAGAGACAUCCAUUGGCAGUCCUAGCGAAAGCUUCUUUUCUGCCGUCUACAACUCCAGACCCUCUGUCACCAUUUCUGCCAACUACCUCUCUCUCAUUAUUUUUAUCGGCAACUUCUCCUCCACCAUCUUCGGUGGCUACCCAUGUGUCGGCGCCUUUGGUGUCUAUCUUUCCUUCGGUAUCUGUCGAGAUUGUGUCUUCUCCCCUGGUAAAUGA